ACAGCGGCUUCGUUGAUCCUUGCCACCCGCGACUGAACACCGACAGCAGCAGCCUCGCCAUGAAGCUGCUGAUGGUCCUCAUGCUGGCGGCCCUCCCCCUGCACUGCUAUGCAGGCUCUGGCUGCCCCUUAUUGGAGGACGUGAUUUCCAAGACAAUCGAUCCACAAGUGUCUAAGACUGAAUACAAAGAACUUCUUCAAGAGUUCAUAGACAACAAUGCCACUGCAAAUGCCAUAGAUGAAUUGAAGGAGUGUUUUCUUAACCAAACGGAUGAAACUCUGCGCAAUGUUGAGGUGUUUAUGGUAAUUUCAUUUUCUUCCUAUAAGCUUUUCAAAACCCCUGAUCAGGGACAAGUGGGCUCUUCAUUUCUCACUGACAACGUCAAAGCCACUGGUAAACAAGUCUUUUCUUACAUUGGUUAAUUUAGUUGAAUGGUUAGUCUAAUGACUUUGCCAUCAAGAAAAACAUCCAGUGCCCCUGUGUUGUCACUCUACCAGAGAAUCCUCAGUGGAUGAUAAAAGAAUAGGGCAAGAGAGGAAAAGGAAAGGCCAGGAGAAGGCUUACCUAUCCCCAGAGCUCUCUAGUUCAUGCUCACAAACACAGACACAAUCACACAAACACAGAAACACGCAUACACAAAUCCAGACACAUGC